GCAGGGUUUGAGCAGUUGGUGAGUGGGAGAGGACGAAUGGCUGCGUUCAACAACUGCGCGGGAUUAAAGCCAGUGCGUCUGUUAUUCCUCCCACAAUUUAAUCUCUGAUCGGCCCAGGCCCGAGCCCCAACAACGGGGCUUUCGUACCAAUCGAGAGGCCGGAACCGGAUUACCUGGGAGACCCGGCCCCACCCCCAACACCAGUUAACCGGGAACGAGCGGAGAUUCUGUCAAGCGGGGUGGGUCAGCUGGUUUCCUGAACCCCGUGCAUAAUGACGAAGAGGAUGAAGACGGAAUACAUGAAGAAAUUUAAAGGACCAAAAUGGGACACUUAUGGCAGCUGCUACACCGACCUGGUGCAAUACCGUAACAUGCGGAGGAUACUGGAGCAAGCUCACAUCCCUUGGGUUUGGGCCGGCUGGGACACCAGUUCCAGCUCCAGCAGUGGCACGUCUACCCCGAGGAUACAAGAGCAACCCUGGGGUGCAACGUGUCCUGCAGCUAGCUUGCCGGGCGCACCCCAGGAACCCGGGGCACCUCCCCGCGGAGAGGCCGAGCCUCCGGCCGCCGAGCGUCCCCGGGCCGAGCCUCCGGCCGCCGAGCGUCCCCGGGCCGAGCCUCCGGCCGCCGAGCGUCCCCGGGCCGCAGACUUUCAUUCCUCGGAAAAGGAAAUAAUUGUUGAGGAGAAUCAGAAGGAUAAAAGUGACCAACAGUCAAAGAGAGAAGUGUGUGAUUAUCGUCGUGUGAAAAGUGCAAGUCUGGAAAAAUCACACAAAACUUCUCAGGCAGCACCGGCAGUUGUUGUGACAAAAGAAACCAAGCCUCCAUUUGCAAUGUAUGGUUGGGCUGAGAAGGAAGUGGAAGUGGGCUGUAAGAAGACAUACAAUGUUGGUGCUUCUGCUUUGAGAGGACAAGUUUAUGAAUCUGCAGUCCGGGCACAGGAUAGACGUCAAGUGCAGAGAGCGAUGCGUAUGUCUCGGACACGGCACCGGGGCACAGAACCACGCAGUAACCGUGCAGUUGACCACUGGUGUAAGAUUUUGCAAGGUCACAAGCCUGCUUCUCAGCACUCGCAAGUUCAAGCUUUGAAAUCUGCUGGAGCGGACAAUCCCUGGCUCUCUGAAUACAUGAGAUGUUUUUCAGCACGGUCCCUCUAAGUCUCAGCAGCAUUCUGCUAACAGCUUGGGGAAAGUGAUUAGGUUUAUUUAUUUGGACCUGUGUUGACCUUUAUCACUGUUUCAGCACAGGACCUGAUUUCAGGUCUGUAUUACUGGAGUUUAAUUCAUGUGUAAAAACCCACAGUGAAGAAUCAGAAAAUAAUUGUGAUAUUUUGCUUACUUGCAGGUUUGUCCUCAGUGACGUUGGUUUUCUGUCUUCAACUAACACAUUGACAAAAGGACUUGAUGUUUAUUUUAGGAAAAGCAUUCUUUUUGUGUGGUGUAUGAAAAUAGAAUCCACUACUGUAGUCACCUUUCAAACAUCAAGUCCUGUUAGCAGAGUUUAAUUGGAGUUGAAUUUCAGAAAACCCAACAGUACUUUGCACACUUUUUAUUUGUUUUGGUAUCUUUUUUAUCAGAGUCGACACUGUAUCAAAUCACAUUGCACUUGCGAAUGUGUAAAUGAACAUUUUUCUCUAAUGGGGUUCACUUUUAUAAUGUUUGUACCUGUACUUGGGUGUUUGUCUUUUGUAAUAUUUGUAGAUUAUCCAGUCAUUGCCAAAUCACAGUUUGUGGAAUCGCAUUGUGCACAUGUUAGCAAACCAGAUUUCCAACAGUGACACUUCGAAAAUAUGAAGUGUUUGUGGAUGGCCUCGAGUUGUCAAAGGCACAAUUUAAAUGAGAAAAUUGUGCCUAAUAUAGACCGAUAAGCUUAAACUUUUUCUCAGUGAACGUUGAGUGCAAUAGAAAAAUGAAUAUUUUUUCUUCUUGUGUCAGCUUGGAUUCUUAAUGCCAUGAGAUUAAUCUUCUACAAAAUAACUUGCAGGGAGAUGAGAUGGUAAUUACUUGGAAAUUUUCAGCGUGAUGUUUGAUGUAGAAGUGGUCUUUAUGGGGUGAAGGAGGGGGAAAGAAGGUGACAAAGUUGGCUUUCAGUUCACCAAUUAAGAGCAGCACUGACCUCAGCAAGGGGUUUGAUAACAAUGUUCAGGUUGGAACAGAGUCCUUAAAUUAAGGAAGCCAGCAGAAAGAAACCAGGCUGCUAAUGCUAUGACAAAAGCUUUGUUAGUAACAAAGAUUCUGGGUCAAGUAAGUGAGCAUAGAGACAAAGGGAGCAGAAGAGCUUAAUGGCAUAAUGUGCUUGAAAUUGUUGUCAUUUCCAAUAAAGAAGAAGUUGAAGCAUUUGGGUGAAUGUUUGAAAAUAUUCCCAAGGGUGAGAUUGGAUGCAAGAACGAGGUGAAGGACAAAAAUUUAUUUUCAGUGGGGUAUGGUAAGCAAGAGUGGAAGCUGUGAUUUCUGAUAGCUGAAAGGAGGACAAGGUUUUGUUAAAGUAUCAAUGCAGUGAGGGUUGAAAUGGAACUGUAGAUCAGGGUAUCUGCUGUAGAGAAAGGUUGGGAUCACGUGUAUUGUGUUGAACAUAGAUUGCAAGAGGCAGCAAGUGUAAUGGUUCAAGAAAAGCCAAAUAUCUCGUUAUGUUUUUGUGGGGGAAUGUGAAAUUAUUGGAAACAGUAAUACUAAAUCACUAAAACUUCCAGAUGCUUAAGAGUAACUGAAAACUUUGUCUUAGGUUCAUGGGGUGUAUAUAGAAUUUCUUGGAAUGGAUGAACUGAAAUGUGUUGAUGCUUUUGCUCAUUUGCAGUGAUCCUAUGAUAGGGAAACAGCUGGUUCUGACUCUCCAAUGUUAAAUACAAAUUGUUGAAAUAGGUAGUGAGGCUUUUGUUCUCUUUUGGAAUUGACCUACACAGAUGAAGCAAUGUGCUGAUGCUGUGGGAAGGUUGUAAAAUCAUCAUCUCCCCCUUGGAUCUUUUAAGACUUGGAGCAGGUGCAGUAAGAUGGAAGCUGUUGGUGAACUUGGUGAAGAGAAAUCAGUGCAUCAAGGUCAGGAAAUCACCAUAAAAUACUGGGGUUCCACUUUAUAAAUAAGUAGUUAUAAAUAAAUACACCAAUAGUUUAGAACUAAAAUGAUGCCUGAGCAAUCAACAUUUGAAACUGUUUAAAUACAAGAAUUCCUGCUUCCAUGGGUGUAGGCCAUUUACCCCCUUUGUCCUGCUCCUGGCUCAUCUUUUACCUUAGUGCCACCUUCCUGCACUAAUCCCAUUCCCAUAAUAUAAGAAUCUAAUUUCUGCAUUUGCAGUAAAUGAGCCUCGACAGUCCUCACGGUGGAGAACGCAGAAGAUUCAAUGUACUGGGGGAAGAAAUUCCUGCUCUUUUUGGUCCUGAGUAGCCAAAUCCAUUGUAUUAAACUGCAAUCCCUGAAUCUAGAUACCUUAGCCAGGGAAAACA